AUGACAGGUAAAGAAAGUCCUGUAGAAACGGAAAAUCUCUCUUUUGAAAUGAAGACCUGUCAACAGUUGCUAUGGGAGGUCUUUAUGUUUGUCACCUUUUUGACGAGUCAGGUCGAAUGUCUGACGAAAAUAAGACUACAACUCGAUUUUGCCACAGAAGAAACUAUCGAUAUUGUCUUCGGUGAACCGAACACACUCACGUUUGACAUUGACAUUGUUGCGCAAGGGGAUGGGCUGCAGACGGGAGCAGAUCUGGCGAUGGUGGCUUUCUUGGCAUCGGGAGGAAGCAACAGUUUGAUAGAUGAUACAAAAAAGACACCUGAUUAUAACAUAACACUAUCCGACGAACAAAAUGUUCAGGUGAUCCAAGCCUCACCGAAAGGUCACGGCGAAACUGAAAUAGUCAACACGUUCACUAGUGUUGACGUUAUUCUUGAUUUCACGGGUACCCCAGGAUGUUAUGACACCACUGCCACACCCGGAAAUCCCUAUGAAUUGAUCUGUAUAUACGUUGACAGUGUCGGAGAAAGAGUGACAGACACCGUCGUCCCUGAUACCUACUGUAUAGAGCUAGACUCGUGCAAAAGCAUCAUUACAGAAGAUGAUAGUGGGGUGCCGACUUUGACUGAGCCCAGUGGCGCUGAUAUUGACAUAAUAUAUGGAACAUCAAAAACUUUCGAUCUUGAGAUUUCUACAACUCCGACAGACAACACUGAAACCGCCGAUCUGCCGCUCGCUGCGUUUGCUGUUGAAGUGUUUAUCGCUACGUCCGUAAAUGGAGAUAACGCCACACAUACCGUGAACGCAACUCUUGAUACACCCACUACCGCAGUUACGCCGUCGACUGAGUUUAUAAUAGACUUUACUGCAACAUUACCCGACCUGAGUGGACUGAACUGUGAAGUGCAUACACACGUGUGCGUGUCAAUAAACCCUGACGUCGGUGCCCCCUGGCAGUGGGGGUCAGGAACGGAUCCGAAGAUAGCCUGUUCUGCACUCACAUGCACUAGUGAAAUUGAGGCAGAUCCUGUACCGAUUGUCACCAGCAAUCCAAGUGGUGACCUGGACAUUGUUAUGGGAAUCACCACCGAGUCUUUCAAUCUUGAUAUCACACUAACAACAGGUCACCAUUCUGCUGAAAUAACAGACGAUGUAUUUGAUAUGUUCACCGUCGUCGUCUACUUGGCCAGCGCUAACGAUGGUUCUGAUCCAACUGAUAAAGUCGACGGUGUAGUGAGCUCACAGGAUGUAACGAUAGAACCAGAUGUUGGAAGUGAGGGAAAUCCAGUCGUCAUCAAUGUGGUUGCUGAAGAUAUGGACACCACAGACUUGAAUUGCGAUGACUAUUCUUAUAUUUGUGCAAAUAUCACGUCUAAAAUCGAGGACGUUUGGACAUGGGCUAACGCCAGUACUGAUGCCAUUGUGUCGUGUGUUGCAAUAUCAACCUGUAUUGGUAAUAUCACAGCGGAUGUUACGUUAGCUAACAAUGGAGGUGGAAGUUUAGAAGUUGAAUUGGGCGAAGUCAUAGCGUUCGACUUGGAUAUAGCCAUAGAUGUAAUCGAUGACAGCGCUUUGGUCGAUAAUAAUGGCAACAAUAUGUUCAAUAUCAAAGUGUAUUUAUCUGGAGACGAUGUCGGAAGCAAUGCAUCCCCUAAGAUGGACGCCACAGGAAUUUCUUCUAGCGAGGUGGUACUAUCUACAGGUGUAGGCGCUACUACUUUGGCUAGCAUACAGGCCGACGUAAACACAGAUGGGUUUUCGUGUGCCGUCUUUACUCAUGUAUGUGUAGAUGUUGAACCUAAAAGCACGGCUCCGUACGAGUCAUGGCAAUGGAGCGAUGAAAUGGUUAAAGUGGCAUGUUACGAAUUCGACGACUGUACAAUACAAGUCACCGAUGAUACAAUCACAGUGGAACCAAAUGCUGCCAGUGAUCUAGAUAUUAUCAUGGGAAUUACUGACGAGGAGUUCAUAUUGGACAUAACUAUCCUUACUGGAUCUGAAACAGGUGAAAUCAUGGAUUCCGCGGACGAGCUGUUUGACAUACAAAUCUAUGUCGCCUCAGAUGAUAUAGGGACCACCGAUUUAAACAAGGGAGACGCCAUAGUAUCAGAAUACAAUGUUACCAUCGACACCGUGGCCAACACCACGGGUAUUACCGCCACGUUGUCAGAUUACGAUCUCACAGGUCGCAGUUGUGCUGACUAUAGCUAUAUCUGCAUAGACAUGGGUCCUGUUGGUGUCCAGUGGGCGUGGAAUGAUACAGUCGAUCCUCACGUGUCAUGCGUACCAAUUGGAACUUGUACUAGUUCGAUAACGGAUGGAGACAUAUCCAUAACAUCAGAUGACUUGACUAUUGACAUGGGUAAAAGGAAGGUAUUCGAUUUGGAAGUUACGAUUCCUGUGGUAGAACACAGUGCGGCGAUCGAAGGUGACGCCAAUGUAUUGUUCUCCAUGCAUUUAUAUUUAUGGCACAACGAGCUGAACACCACGUCAAAACCAGUCAGAGCGGAUGUUAUCAGCGAAACCGUCACCAUGACAGAAGGCAGUGACACUGUGAUUAGCAGUGUACGAGCUGACAUAGGUCUAUUCGGUCUUAGUUGCGACGAUUAUACCGACAUCUGUGUGAGCAUCAGUCCAGAAGAUGAAGCAUCAUGGGUAUGGCAUGAUAAGGUGGUGUCCGUUGAAGCAUGCGAAUUACUGGGAGCAUGUACAACCCAAGUGGAAGGAACAUCCAUCGCGAUUGCUGCCACCAGUGGUACGGAUUUGGACAUCGUCAUGGGAACAACAUCCGUCUACUACCUAGACAUCACCAUCAAUACUGGCGAAGAGACGGGCCUCAUCACUGACAAUGGCGAUAAUUUGUUCGAUAUCGAGUUCUUUUUAUUUCAGAGCAGUAUCCAAGAUGGAGGAUCGCGUUCACACGUGACUGCCGCUGUGCCAACAUAUCUUGUAACUUUAAAAAAUAGUUCAAUGACCGAACUUAUUAACGUCAACAACACAGACUAUCCGGACGAUUUGUUGGGUCUAGAAUGCAGUGCUUGGACGAGUCUGUGUGUUGCGAUUACACCAGCGAGUGCGGAAUGGACAUGGGCGGAUUCAAUAGUCUCUUACCAAGCUUGCACUUCCAUUACGGGAUGCACAACUGUGUUGACACCUGCAUCCGAGCCCGUUAUAAUAUCUGCGCAUAAUAGCGCCCAAAUCUCCAUUGCUAUGGGGGCGAGUGAAACAGUUUCGUUGGACAUCAGCAUUGGAACAGCUGGUACAAAUACUGGUAAACUAUCAGACGCUGCCAAUGCUCUGUUCAGUAUCAACAUCUAUUUAGCAGCUGACAGCAGCGGUGCAAAUUCAUCUGCGAAGAUGGCAGCCACAGUACCCAGUACAAGUGUUACCAUAGCUGAAAACGACCAGUCUGUUAUCAGUGGUGUAGUUGCAACAUUCGAUCUGACAGUGAAUGUCUGCGAGGAUUAUUCUCACAUAUGUGCCGAUGUGACUCCUGCUUCUAAUGAGUGGUCUUGGUUUGAUCAUACUGAUCCUGAAAUGGGGUGUUCUGUUAUUGAAGUUUGUACCACUGCCCCUACUAUUGAUGUGUCUGUUGCCAAUAAUGCUAAUGGGGACUUGACCGUUCAGAUGGGCGAAAGUAAUACAUUCAAUUUUGACGUAACGAUUACUGAAACCUCAGGUGAUGCAGUGACUGGAACCGACCUUUACACUAUCAACGCUUAUAUAGCAACUGACUCUAUGGGGUCCAACCCAAAACCAUCUAGCACAGUGUCAGCAUCCAUCCCCGAUAACACUAUUGGUUUCUCUGACGGCACUCCUGCAGAGCUCAUUAAUGUGCAGGCUGUUAUGGACUUUUCUAGUGUGAUCACUUGCCAACAAGCAACCAGUUUAUACUACAGCCAUGCCUGUGUUGAUUUGUCUGAAAAUAGUGGCGCUAACCCGCUGUGGUCAAUGACUUCCCUGAGUACGUCAACAGCCUGUGUGCAGCUUACAUCUUGUUCAUCACAAACUAUACUGAGCUUUGAUCUGUCCGCACUCGAUGUUAUUGGUCCAACAAAUGGUAAGGUAACCCAAGGAGAAAAUGUGGAUGUUACCUUUGAUGUAACUAUUACGUCUACGCCAUCGUCUAGUUCGGUUACUGGUAAUGACAACUGGAAAAUAAAAGGAUUUCUUGCGGAAACAUCAACUGGAGGAAGCCCAACAACUAAAGUGGAGAGCACUGCUGCAAGUAUGGAAGACCAUGUCGGACAAAAUUUAAAUGGAGGUGCCUCGUACGAAUUCACAUCUGUAAUAGUCACUCUCCCGCCUCAGUCAGAAUGCGGUAACUUGGGUUAUUUCUGUGUGGAACUAACACAGGGUGAUGGAGCUGACUGGUUCUUUGAUCCAUUCGACUCAUCAUUAAAUACAUUGUGUACAGCAGUCACAUGUGGAGCAGCUGCCGGUAACAUGGUUUGUGUCAGCAUCCUACUUAGCAUAUUGGGAACACUUGUGUCAUUGUGGUUCAACGUAUAAGGCAAUGAAAGUAUUUUUACAUAGACGGGACUACGUUGUAUUUUGCCAAACGUGAACUCAGUCAUCGAGAAAGUUACUUAUCCGAUACACCUUCGGACAUGUUGUCGCACGGGGUUCAAACCAUCACACAUGCACAUUGGACUUCUGUUUACGGUCAGCGGGGAAGCAGAUGCUUGCAUUGUGUUCAUGUUACAUAAGCCGUCCAUUGUGGGUCCCGUCAGGCACGGGAAUUACAUAAUUUACGUGUUUCACAUAAUCAUUUUAGUGCACCCAGUGAGUAUAUAUUUUCAUGAAUUCGUGAACAUUUGUGACAACUCUCAUACCUCCAAUGGUACCACUGAGAGGCAAUACUAAAUUUUAUUCACUUGUAAUAUAUCUUUAAAUCUAUUCUUUAAUUCUAUUUGUAAAUAUUACUAAUCAUGAAAUUAU